AUGGAGACAUCACAUCAAAUGCUGAAGAAUGCCACAGUUGUCACAGAAUUUAUACUCCUGGGUCUUUCUAGCAACCCUGAAGCCCAGCUCAUUCUUUUUGGUCUCUUUCUACUUAUCUACUUGGUGGCCCUGAUUGGGAACACUCUUAUUCUUCUCAUCAUCAGUUUCAACAAGAGACUCCACAACCCCAUGUAUUUCUUCCUGGCCAAUCUCUCUGUCAUAGACAUUGGGUAUACAACUACCACUGUACCCAAGAUGCUAAUGAAUUACCUCUCCCAGGACAAAACUAUCUCUCUAGCUGGUUGUUUCUCCCAGAUGUUCUUUUUCAUCUCCUUUGGAGGCAUUGAAUGCCUCCUGCUGGGUGUCAUGGCCUAUGAUCGAUAUGCUGCCAUAUGCCAUCCAUUGCAUUACAGUGUGCUCAUGAGACCCAAAGUUUGUAUCUGUUUAGCAGCAGCUGCUUGGAUUUUAGGUUUGGCUAACUCAGGUGUGCACUCUGGCAUGAUGUCUCUUUUGUCUUUCUGCCGGGACAAUGCCAUUCAGCACUUUUUCUGUGACAUCCCACCCCUUUUCCAGCUGUCUUGUUCUGACACCUUGAGCAAUCAAAUUGCUACUUUUGUUGUAGGUGGAGGCGUAAUAAUGGGUUCCUUUCUGGUUACCCUGGUGUCUUAUGUCUACAUAGUCUUGGCCAUCCUCAGAAUCCGCACAAAAGAAGGGCGACUCAAGGCUUUCUCAACCUGUGCUUCUCACCUCACUGUAGUCAACAUCUACUUUGGCACUAUCAUCUUCACAUACAUUAAGCCCAACUCCAUAUACUCCCAGAAGCAGGACCGAGCAUUGCCUGUUCUGUAUGGUAUCCUUACACCCAUGCUUAAUCCAAUCAUAUACAGCUUGAGGAAUAAGGAUGUGCAAGGGACACUUCGGAAAGCCAUGGGUAGGACUUAAUAGG